GACAGUGCAUGUUUAAAGUCCAACGUAUUUUAAUAUAAAGAAAAUAGGUAAAAAUCUACAAGACAUUCUUUUCAACAAAUAGCAAAAACAAAUAAUCAUAAUUUUUUCCGUCAUUAAUUCUGUGAAAAUAGAAAGUAUUCGAUCGAUUCCAUGUCUACAUAGCUCAAACGGAAAAAUACAGUCGUGUUUACGUGAAAUUUGACGAAAGUAUUUGUCAGUGGCCAAGGACGGCAAGUGAAUUAAUUAAUUUUUUUCCGAGGAUAAUACUUUGACUUCAUUAUAAGCUGAGAGAAUGGCAUGUCUGAGAGUUGUUGCUGUUCUACUUGUGUCAGUAUUCUAUUUCACGAUUAUUGAUGGUGCUGCAGUUCGUACAGAUAUAUUUGAGGAUUUUCCCCAGAUCGUUCCACAGGAGAUCAAAGAUGAAAGGUUAAGGAUCGAACGCGAAGCCACUACACCAGAGACCACGAAAAAUUUCUGCCGCAGCCAACCUUGUGGAUGGGUAGUUUAUAAACAAUUUACAAGACAGCUUCAAACGUUCAUCUCGAAUAUUUGCACGUGCAGCGACUCAAGCUUCAAAUGUAUCCGCACGGAUGACGACCUCUCGGUGAGUGCUUAUGUCUACCACUGUCGUCAGAACACCACUGCACACGACAUCGAGGCACCCGAGAAUACCAACUUAUAACUGACAACAAUUAGCCCUUUUUCAUCAAUUUUUUUUCAUUAAUUAGUUCCAUCCUUAAUUAAAUUUAAUUGAUUAAUAUCUUCCAUUCACGUGUCUUCGACAUAUAAUUCGGUAAUAAUGAAGAAAAUAGAGUGGAACCUAUGAAUGAGAAAAUAAGUACAUAUAUAGAGAGUUUAAGAUACCGUAUGACUUUGUUGUUAAAUGUUAAAGUUAUGAACAGGAAAAGUCGAAGGAUAUUUCCGCAAGCCAGGGGGAAUGAAAGAAACGCAGCCAAUGUCAUGUAAAGUUUUGAAUACAUCGAUGAAUGUAUUAAAGAACUAUGUGCAAAAGUUGAGAUAGCCUGAGUCGGGAUAGCAGCUGAACGAAAUUUCAAAUUUAAUGUUCAUAUCUAAUGUUAAUUCGGGCAUUGACAAUUGUGCUAUUAGUUCUAUCUUAUCGUUUAAGCGGCAAAGUGGAAAAAAUGCUGAGCUUAUUGAUGCCCCAUUUCACUUCAUGCAUAAAUAGUCGGUUUAGGACUGUCCUUCUACGCCUAGGCUAUCUGAAAUUUAGCAAAUCUUUGAUUAAUGGAUUCAUUGGUGUACUAAAAAAUGUUCCUUCUUGUAUUUCCUUCAUCCCGCCGGAUUAUCCUUAAUGGGAUUUUGAGGCAUCAAUGUCCCUCUUUAGAACCCGUCUGAUAAUACAUUUUGACCAACUAUUUUUAUAAAUGAAAGUUUCACCAGUUUUUCACAAUUUUUUAAAAUGACAAAAGUUUAUUUUGGCUUCAUUGCCAUGGAGAAAAAUAUGCGCACAUAACGUGUCGUGUACUUUCAUUGAAAAUGUAAUAAAAUGCUAAUCAUAAUAAUUUUUAAGAGAUGCGUGUCGACAGAUAAAUUUGUGGAAAUUGUUUUGUUUAAUAUGUUACCAAUUAAUAAGUCAUUUUUGCGUAAUUUUGAAAUGAAGUUCUCUUGCUUCUUCCACAAUAUAAUUCAUGAUUUCUCGUGUCAUCAAUUUUCAAUAAAGAAACUUAUCUUAUCCAUGAAGCACAGACGUGUGUCUCCAUGUAGCAGAGUGUAUUUUCGAUUCGCAAAUCAUAUACUGUUGCG